AUGUUCGCGACGGCGCCAGGGUUGCCAGUCUGUUUAUAUUUCCUGUGUGUACGGAGGCUGGGCGAAGAGGUUCCUCCUGCAGAAGAUCCCGGGAGACAACUUGGAAGACUAAAACCUGGAAGCGUGGAGGAGACGGACGACGACGAGCGCGUGAAUGCCGCUCUUCGUGAGCAGCAGGCUUUGGCUGAAGAAAAGCUAGCCGAACAAGCUGCGGAUUAUGAAGAUCGGCUGACGGAGCUCCACUCGGUCAUCGCUGAGCUGACCCGAAGGAUGGAGAUUCAACGAGCGCAUACGAUCCGGGAAGAAGUUGAAGAAGAUGAGGAAGAAGAAGAAGAUGAUGAUGACGAGGAUGAGGAGGAUCCUGGGAAGACUUCCGAGGCAAAAGAAAAGGAAGAUACCAAUUCCAGCUCGGAUUUUUCGGAAUCCGAUAUGUUGGCAAUGAUCGUGAAGCCUAUGGAUGGGGCGAGGAUUCUGAGUAAUGGCAGCAUCGAGGAGCAAGAUAAUGUCGUCACGCAGGUCCUCAAACGCGAGCUGAGGCUUUUGCAGGAGGAGAAUGAGCGACUGCGGACAAAGGACAGGGACAGAGAGACGGAGAUUGCUCAGCUGACUUCAAAAUUGGAUUCUCUGGCGUUGAGCCUGCCUUCCUCUCAGAGCUCAUCAGGAUCUAAACCUAAGUCGAAAGAACGGCAUGGAAAUGGAUCAUUCGGUCAUACGAACAAGGAUCAUCGUCUGGAGAUUGAGAAGCUCGUCGCGAAGCUUAACAGCGCUAAGGCAACAAAUGAUCUUCUCACUCUUCAGUUGAAGGAAUCUCGGUUGACUGCUGAGAACAUGUUUAUUGCACUGACUAAGGAAGAAUCAAAUUGCGUGGCCUUGCAAAUGGCCAUGGAAAAUAGCAGAAGGACUGUCAAAAGCUAUGAAGCUUUACUGGGGUUGAUGGAUGCGGAACUCUCUGUUCUUUUUGUUAAUUGUCGGCUGGCGGGAAUUUCCGUGGGUACUCCGAGCGUGUCAGGUCAUGGAAGUCCUGCGAUUGGUAAAGACGGGUUGCCAAAACCCCUUCCAGACAAAGAAGAAGCUUCACGGAUGUUAAAUCGAGCGUACGACAGGCGGAAUUUCGCGGAUGCAUUCGCCCGACAGCUGGUUGUGGAAUUGGACGCUGCUGCGACGGAAACGGGCAGCAAAAGGAAAAGCGUCGACGAGGACGUUGACUGUCGUUUACGGGCGCAUGCAGAACUGUGGAAGGCGGAAACUGAAAAGGUCGCCAAAACCGUGCAAAGUCAGCGUGAUUCUGCCGACCCGAACAACCGUGCUGCUCGAAGGAGGCUCAAUAAACCCCGGAGCUUCGAUCACGAAGAAAGCCCUGAUCUUGAUUUUGAAGCUGCUGUUUUAGUCCAGGAAUUGUAUGCUGUGAAAGAAGAAAAGGCUGAUCUGGAAUCCCGGUAUUUCAUUUGUAACAAAGAGCGUCAGGCGUUGGAACUUCAGUGCAAUGCCAGUGAAGCGAGAGAAGCAGCGCUGAAGUCCUUGGCCGAGGCGCUGAGAGCCCAGCUUCAUAUGUUUAACGACCACAAAGCUGGAGCCGAUCCCAACGAUGAGCCUGGAAAAAUGAAAUUAGCUUUGAGGGUGCACGAGCUUGGAAUUGCCGUGGAAACGUUAAUCCAAGAUUCGGAUAUCCGAGAAAAAGAGGCCAGACUCUUCCUGGCUGACCUGAAGAAAGCCAAUCAGGCCUUGGCAGCCGCAGUUGAUCAGUCCAGGAGCAGAAAUCAAAUGAAAUCCCGUCGUCUUGAACAAGAAAUCGCUGUUAUAGUGGAUCGUCAUGCCGAAGAGGUUCGGAGUCUGAACCUGAAAAUCGGAGAACUGCAGAAUCAAGCCCUGGUGCAACAGGCUCGUUUGCAGGAGUUGUACCAUCGCCGAUAUCCAUCGACGACUUCUUCCUCUUCUUCGUCCCAACGAUCCCUCGCUUCGCCGCCUGGGUACGCCGAUCGGCGGAAAAGCAGCGGGAAGCAGCAUAAAGGCAAAUGUAGCGAGACUCGACUGUGAUUUUUUUUAUUCUUCCCCUCCAAAAUUGCCCAUCCGCAAUCUGCAUUUUCUCUUGGCGCUUUUUUUUUAUUGAAUUUUUUUCCAAGACUUCUGGAAAAAACAGAAAUGGAAUCCACAUUCUUUUUUAUGAUUUGGACUGCUUAAAAAGGCAACGCUCGGGUUGAUCUACAUCCAGCAUAAACGCACCGUUCCGAUCUUUUUUCAUGUUUCUGACGAGACUUUUCGGAUUUUUUUUCGGGGUGAUGAUGCCGAUUGAAGUGAUCGCGAAGAAAAGCAACAAAAUCGGGGUAAGCGCAAUUCGAUGGUGAGAAAAAAGAGCCUUGUCACACGCUUGUGUGGGAGUAUUAGCGCGUCAUACGCAUGGCGAAAAAAGGGCCGUGUUCGUGACAUUUGAGUGUAAGAAAAGACUGGAGGGGUUCUUCAGCGAUGUUCGUUAUUCUAUGGUCAGCAAGCAAAAUUUCUGAUUACCCGCAAAACCUAAGACGAAGGAACUUUCUCUUGUAAGAGAAAAAAAAAUUAUGCCCUCUGAAAACAAGCCUGCUCAAAACGUUAGAGUAGAUUUAUUGAAUGUUAUCGCGUAUUUUUAUCACUGCUCAUUGUGGAGAAAAAAUCUCUCUCUUCCCUAGUCGUGUAAACUGUAUUGCACGAUGCGAUGCAGAGGUGUAUCAAUAUGCUGACGAGACGGUUGAAUCCCCUUCUUGAUCUGUGGUCGUUGGGGGGGAUAGUCAAGUGAUCGAAAUGACUUUGAGUGAGGAAUGCUUUAAAAAAAACGCGUAAUUUCGAGUGUCGCGCGAGACCUGAUGGAAUCACGUAUUGACGUCAAGGAUAGAUGUGGAAAAGUCUAGUGGCCCUCCGAUUCGAUGGUCAGGUUGAGCAAAUAUAUUCGUAACAGUUUUGCA